AUGGGAUGCUUGGCGUACAAAAUGUGCUGCAAAUUGGGCAAAAGGAGUACGACUCUGAAUUUUGAUCAUUUGAUCAGUUCAUCCAUGGCGAUCCCGUUGCUUCUUGCCCUGUUACUACUGGCAGUGGCACUAGCAGCGGUGCAAGCGGCGCCGGGCUUGCACCCCGUGGUCCUGGUGCCGGGCUACGGCACCAACGAGCUGGACGCGCGGCUCACCGAGCUCUACCAGCCGUCGUCGCCGGGCUGCGGGGCGCGCAAGGGGGAGGGGUGGUUCCGCCUCUACCUCAACUACUCCGCCCUCCAGGACCCCGCCAACGUGCCGUGCUUCGCGGAGCAGAUGAGCUCCGUGUACGACCCCGCCGACGACGACUACUCCAACGUCGCCGGCGUGGAGACGCGCGUCCCCUUCUUCGGCUCCACCCAAGCCUUCCGCUACCCCGAUCCUGAUCGCAAGAAUUUCUCCUACAUGAGCACGUUCGUCGAGCGCUUGGAGAAGACGGGGUACCGCGACGGCGAGACCAUGUUCGGCGCGCCCUACGACUUCCGGUACGCCGUCGCGCCGGUGGGGCGCCCGUCCAGGGUCGGCGACGCCUUCUUCCGGGCGCUCAAGAGCCUAGUCGAGAGGGCGAGCGGGCUCAACGGUGGCAGGCCGGUGGUGAUCGCCACCCACAGUUUCGGCGGCCUGCUGGCGCACCAGUUCCUCAUCCGCCAGCCGAUGGCCUGGCGCCGGCGGUUCGUAGGGCGCUUCGUGCCCAUCGCCGCCCCGUGGGGCGGCCUCGUCCGGGGAAUGCAGACUCUGGUCUCCGGGAACAACCUGGGCCUGCCAUUCGUGGACCCGCGCGCGCUGCUGCGGCAGGGCAGGAGCCAGCAGAGCAGCCUGUGGAGACUGCCCAGCCCGGCCGCCUUCGGCGCCGCGACGCCAUUGGUGACCACCAAGAGCAAGAACUACUCGGCCGGCGACGUGGCGGACUACCUCGUCUCCAUCGGGUUGGGCGAAGCCGUCGGGCCGUACGAGUCCCGCGUGCUGCCGCUGUUCGGCGGGGAGCUGCCGCAUCCCGGGGUGCCGGUGACCACCGUCGUCGGGGUCGGGGUGGGGACGCUGGAAAGGAUAGUGUUCCCCGGGGAUGAUUUCGACGCGACGCCGUCCGUGGUCGCCGGGGACGGCGACGGGGUGGUGAACCUGGUGAGCGCCGUGGCGGUGGAGACGUCGUGGAGCCACCGUGGUGGGGAUUUUAGGAUGGUCAAGGUGUCCAACAUGUCCCAUAAUGCCCUUCUGGUGGAUGAUCGAGCGCUCGAGAUCAUCAUCCAAGAGAUUCAACGGGCUGAUUAG